UGCCAAAAUGAUUAGUCUCAGGCUUGCCGCUUCUCUUGCAGUCGUUCUACAGUGUGUCUUCUGUGCACCCCAGGGGCGCAGUGGUGACAGUGUAGAGCUCUGGCCAUUCGGAAGAAUUCCAAUCACUUUCACAAACUCCGUCAAUGGCUUCACAAGGGAACGAGUUUUGGCUUCCAUCCAAGAAAUCCAGUUCGACACAUACAGCGGCGGACGGGAUUGCAUCACAUAUAUCCCACGUAAAAAUGAAGUUGACUACGUCGAAUUUUCAACAGAGUCCCAAGACAGCUUCGGACGAGUGGCAAAGCCUGGACGUAUCGGCGGUAGACAGGUUGUCAAGGUAACAGACAGCAUGGCAAAAGCGGAUAUCAUGCAACUCUUGAUGUACACAAUGGGAUCUUACAAUGCAUUCAGACGCCCAGACAGAGAUAACUUCGUACAGGUCAACUAUGACAACAUUCCAACUGCUUUCCAGACAUUCUUUGCCAAAGUCAACGAUACAACCUUCUUCAAAUCACCAUUCGAUUACAACUCAGUAACAUUUUUCUACCCAUUUGCCUACGCUAAGGACCCAUCAAAGCCAACCAUGCAAGCCAAAUACGAAGGAGAAGUUUUCCCAUGGUCUGUUUCCCUCAGUGAUUUCGAUAUUGAAAAUGUCAGAGCCGGAUAUGGAUGCGGAAGAGUUGGUGAUGUGAUCCACAAACAGAAUCUCUUGUCAGGUGCUGUCAAAUGUUCUUUUGAAAACGAUUUAUGCAAAUGGACUCAAGAUUCUUUGAAUGACUUUGACUUUGUACGAAACAAUGGACCAACAAAAUCAAAUGGAACAGGACCAGCAUACGAUUACAGCAACGGAAUAGGUUAUUAUGCUUUAGCAGAAGCACAUGGUCACCACAACCAAAAGGCAAGAUUGGUUAGCCCUCAAUUAGCAGCAGGAACAUAUUGUCUUAGAUUUUAUUAUUACAUGUCUGGAAAAGACGUGAAUAGAGCCACCGUAAAUAUUAGAGUUGGAACUGUUACAAAAGAAUUUAAAGCCCUUGAGGGUGAACAAGCCAACCAAUGGAAUGUAUUUAAUGAUGAAUUUACAGUAGGACAAAAUUUCCAGGUUGUAUUAGAGGCAGCUAUGGGACCAUCCGAUUUAGGAGAUAUUGCUCUAGAUGAUGUAUAUUACUACAGAGGAAGAUGUAUUGUGUAAACAUUAACAAAAACACUUUUUUAAAUAGUGAUAGUAUCAGUGGAACGUUCUGGUUUCCGUGUGUGCUAUUAGACAUUGUUAACCAUGUUGUCUUGUCGAUCUGUAUAUUGAAUGAACAUUUUGUACAUUAAACCCAUUCUAAUUAUAA